AUGGACGUUCAUGCUCUUGAUCAGGAAUUCUUUCUCGUCAAGCUCAGCAACGAUCAGGACUAUUACAAGGCUUUGACAGAUGGCCCAUGGGUUAUUUUUUACCACUAUCUCAUUGUUCAACAAUGGUCUCCAUCAUUUCGAGUCUAUGAUAAGCUGCCAAGCACAAUGGUGGUUUGGAUUCAGCUUCCGGGAUUUCCAGUGCACCUCUAUCAUAAGGAAAUCCUCUUCUCAAUUGGUAAUAUGAUUGGGAGGUCGAUUAAGUUAGACUACCACACGCAGAAUCAACAAAGAACCAAGUUUGCUCGGUUGGCGGUUGAAGUCGAUCUUGCCAAGCCUUUGGUGCCUCGCGUUCGCCUCGACGGUAAGUGGCAAAAGGUUGAGUUUGAGAACCUCCCGACGGUGUGUUUUGAGUGUGGAAUGGUGGGUCACACUAAGGUUACAUGCCCAAAGCUCCGACAACAGCUCAUCGCCGCGGCGCAAGGUGGGGUUGACUCAUCGACGGUGGCAUACGGCGAACCUGAGGCACCGGAGGUGAACGGUGGCUUCGGGCCUUGGAUGUUGGUGACACGGAAAUCCAGGCGCAGUCAGCGAGACUUACCCAAACAGGAUACUCCUCUUUUGACUAAUGGCGUGGAUCAUGACAAUCACAGGGUGCAGUUGGGGAAAGUAGCACAACAAAAGGAUUUUGCGGAAGGAAACUUACACCAGCAAGAGACACUCACCAAAGCUCGGCAACAUAAGAGGAGUCAGAAUCAGAGCAAGUCUUCAGGGAACAGGGAAGGGGAUACGAUCAGGGGAGAUAAGGAAAGGAUUGGCUCCAAUAAGGGAAAGGAAAAGGUGGCUAGCAACGGAUCUGUGAGUGGGAAGGGAGUCUUGGGGUCAAGCCCAUUUUGUCUUAAAACCACAGUUAUGAAGCCCAAUUUAGAGAACUACAAAGAUAAAGCAUCCUCUUCUAAGGUGCAGGAGGAUGGGCUCGAUGGACACAAGGUGGGCCUAAACAACCAGAAACUAAGUGUGGGGAGCCCAGAGACGGUUCAAACCCAAGUCCACAAUGGAUCGAAUGGCACGACAAUGCGGAUUGUGGAGGCCCCCCCUAUCCAUCUCAGACGACGAAAACUGAGAAAGCGGACUCUCCCUCGACGGUGGCACGGACCAAGCAGAGGAAGAAGCAGAACGGCGAGGAGCGACGAGGCAGCCGUGGUUCCCCGUCGAAAGGAAUGA